AUGGGUGCGUGUGGCUGGCGGGAAUGCCUGACUGAGUACGACUCUCCAAAAUACAUACGCAUUCAGAGUGCUACAUAUGGAUCCCUGAAAUGCUUCCUUUACAUAACUGUUGCUCUGUCUAUUUGUUGUAUAGUCAUCAUUUACAGACUCUAUGAGGUGACGGAUGAAGUUAACAGCUCAGUUCGCACCAGUGUGAAGGGAGUGGCUUACGCAAACACCAGGAUCUGGGAUACAGCAGAAUACACUAUACCAAUGCAGGCAAUGAACUCUUUUUUCGUGAUAACCAACAUGAUUAUGACAGAGAACCAGCUUCAGCAGGAGUGCCCUGAGUAUCCCUUCGCCAAAGCUAUCUGCUCUUCAGACAAGUCCUGUGAAAAAGGGAGUGUAGACAUCCACAGUAAUGGAAUUCAAACAGGAAGAUGUGUGAAUUAUAAUGCAACUGUUAAAACCUGUGAGGUCACGGCAUGGUGCCCUGUGGAAUCCAUGGGAAACCCCCCUGAGCCUGCUGUUCUGAGGAGUUCUGAAGACUUCACUGUGCUAAUAAAGAACAACAUUCUCUUCCCCAAAUUUAAUUACACUGUACGAAAUAUGCCACCAAAUUUAAAUACUUCCUGCACAUACAACAAGAAAACUAACCCACUCUGUCCAAUUUUCCGUCUGGGAGAUAUCCUUCAUGAAGCAAAAGAGAAUUUUUCUGAGAUGGCAGUAAAGGGAGGAAUCAUUGCCUUUGAGAUUAACUGGGACUGUAACUUGGACAGCUGGUUUUACGAUUGCAGUCCAAAGUAUGGUUUCCGCCGCCUUGAUGACAAAAAAAUAAAGCCUGGAUUCCACUUCAGAUACGCCAGGUACUACAAGCGAUCAAAUGGGGAGGAGCAGAGAACCCUUUUCAAAGUCUACGGAAUACGGUUUGAUGUCCUUGUCUUUGGCACAGGUAGAAAAUUUGACGGCAUUGAACUCCUUAAAAACAUUGGAUCCAUGAUCUCCUAUUUUGGUUUGGUUGCGAGUGCCAUCGAAAUUGCUAUUUGUGUACAUAAUUGCUCCAUCUGCGGCCAAUCACCAUUCUACAAAAUUUACAACAGGAAAAAGUAUGAUACUGUGCUGAAUCCAAGACAGGUGAUGUAUGUGUCCUAUGUUGACGAGCCACACAUUACCUUGAUAAAGAAGCCGCUGGAAACAAGCUUGCAGCACACUCAAGGCAGCAGCGUGGAGAGCCACCCUGUGAAAUUCUGUGAUGCUGACAGCUACUGUACCAGCGAGCCCGACAUGAACCACGAUAAUGAAGAACAUGAGCUGAGGCAACCUCUUGGACAAGGGGCCUCUUCCCCAGGCUGCCAAAAGUGGUGCUGCUGUGGCAAGUGCCAGCCAGCACAGAAGUACCACGAGCAGCUCUGCUGCCGAAGGAAAAAAGGGCAGUGCAUCACAACCUCUGAGGGGUUUCAGCAGCUGGUGCUGUCCAGUCACACUCUGAAGAAAGCUCUUCUCUACAAAGACCCCUUUCUGGACCUGACGAGUGGCGAUAUCAACAACCAGCUGCGUCACCUUGCUUAUAAGCAGUACAUUCACUGGCGCUUUGGCUCUUUUGAUCUGGAAGACAGAGCCGUCAUCCCAAGCUGCUGCAGAUGGAAAAUUAGAGAUACUUAUCCCAAAGCAGACAACAACUAUACUGGUUUUGAGAUGGAAUGA